AUGCUAAAAGACUACAGUGACGUCAAGGUAGAUCUCCCUUCUUAUUAUAAUUUUUUGGAAGAAUAUCCUGAGUGUGACUUUGGUCCGUUAUCUCAAAAUUGCGGUUGUUGCUAUAUUUUUUCAGCUGUCAAAACACUCUCACACAGAUUUUGUCGUGCACUUCGACGCCAAAUUUUACUUUCAACACAAUAUUUAAUUGCAUGCGAUCUUUCAAAUCUUGGAUGCAACGGUGGUAACGAAAAAGCUGUAUUUUACUACUUAGAAAAUCAUGGAACUCCAGAAUUAGAUUGCCAACCAUGGCAAGAAAUUAGAUCCUACGAACCAAAGGUAUGCACUAAAUGUGUUGAUGACAAACCAUUUAAACUUUACCAUGCAAAAAUGCGUAGUACAAGAGUUAUUCAUGGAAUUGAAAAUAUCAAGAAAGCAAUUUACUUGGAAGGUCCUCUCAGUGCGUCCGUGAUUAGUGAUUAUGGGUUUACAUGGUAUAGAGAAGGUCUUUAUCGAACUCAAGUUUCCAGUGAUGAAUACAAUGACGCUUCAAACCAUACAGUUGAAAUUCAUGGAUGGGGUACUUUUGACAAUGGAACAGAGUAUUGGAUUGUUCAAAAUGCUUUCGGACCUAGAUGGGGCUGUAGUGGACUAAUGAAAAUGCAAAUGGGUGUCAAUGCAGGAUAUAUUGAAUCUUAUAUGCUUUCUGUCGAGCCAGAGCUUUCUGAUGCUAACUGA